UCCGACCCGGCGCAGGCACACCGCACACCUUCAGAUGGAGAUGAAGUAGCAGCAGCACGCCGACAGAGCGACAACAGCGUGUCCGCGGCGCACAUCCGGAGGGGGUUUCGUGUCUUCAGGUGGGGGAACAGGUGACGGAGCGCACCGACCGACCUUCUCUGCCGCCUCGACGUGCAUCGGUGGGAAUCACUGCUGUUCCACCUACACCACCCCCUCUACUACCUCUCCACCACCCUCCCCUGUAGAUAUACCUCAACUGCAUGCAUUUGGAGCCGAUCAUUUCAAGCCCAGUCCGCCAACAUGGAAAAUGCGCACACUAAAUCGGCGGCCGAAGUUUUAGACAACUUCGGCGUGAACGAAAACACCGGGCUGACUCUGGAGCAAGUCAAAGCCAACGUGGAGAGAUACGGACCGAAUGAGCUCCCAGCUGAAGAAGGCAAGUCCCUAUGGGAGCUGGUGGCGGAGCAGUUUGAAGACCUCAUGGUCAGGAUCCUGCUGCUGGCUGCCUGUGUCUCCUUUGUGUUGGCUCUGUUUGAGGAGGGCGAGGAGACAGCCACCGCCUUUGUUGAGCCAUUUGUCAUUCUUCUUAUCCUCCUCGCCAACGCGGUUAUCGGGGUCUGGCAGGAGCGUAAUGCCGAGAAUGCCAUUGAGGCUCUGAAAGAAUACGAACCCGAGAUGGGGAAGGUGUUCCGCAUAAACCGCAAGGCUGUCCAGAGGAUCAAAGCCAAAGACAUCGUCCCAGGAGACAUCGUAGAAGUGGCAGUUGGGGACAAGGUGCCUGCCGACAUCAGAGUGACCUCCAUCAAGUCCACCACCCUGCGAGUGGACCAGUCAAUCCUGACAGGGGAGUCUGUGUCCGUGAUCAAACACACCGACCCGGUUCCUGACCCCAGGGCUGUAAACCAAGACAAAAAGAACAUGCUGUUUUCUGGCACAAACAUUGCAGCGGGCCGCGCCAUUGGUGUGGUCGUCGCUACCGGCGUUUCCACAGAGAUCGGUAAGAUCCGUAAUCAGAUGGCAGCCACGGAGCAAGAGAAGACGCCUCUGCAGCAGAAGCUGGACGAGUUUGGGCAGCAGCUGUCAAAGGUCAUCUCCCUGAUCUGCGUGGCCGUGUGGGUCAUCAACAUCGGCCACUUUGGGGACCCCGUGCACGGCGGCUCCUGGGUCCGAGGCGCCAUCUAUUACUUCAAGAUUGCCGUGGCCCUGGCUGUGGCCGCCAUCCCAGAGGGCCUGCCCGCGGUCAUCACCACCUGCCUGGCGCUCGGCACGCGCCGCAUGGCCAAGAAGAACGCCAUCAUCCGCAGCCUGCCCUCGGUGGAGACGCUGGGCUGCACCUCGGUCAUCUGCUCCGACAAGACGGGCACCCUCACCACCAACCAGAUGUCCGUCUGCAGAAUGUUUGUUGCUGACAAGGUGGAAGAUUCAAGUUGCAGUCUCCACGAGUUCUCCAUAACUGGUUCAACAUAUGCCCCCGAGGGACAAAUACUGAAAGGAGACAAGCCCGUCCAGUGCGGAGACUUUGAUGGACUCUUGGAGUUGGCGACUGUGUGUGCGAUGUGCAAUGACUCUUCACUGGACUACAAUGAGACCAAAGGCGUUUAUGAAAAGGUGGGUGAAGCCACAGAGACGGCUCUCACCACCUUGGUGGAGAAGAUGAACGUCUUCAAGACCGACCUGUCCAGGAUCAGCAAGGUGGAACGUGCCGGUGCCUGUAACUCGGUGAUCAAGCAGUUGAUGAAGAAGGAGUUCACCCUGGAGUUCUCUCGGGACCGCAAAUCCAUGUCCGUCUACUGCACCCCCGUCACGCCGGGCUCCCAGAGCAAGAUGUUCAUCAAGGGCGCUCCGGAGAGUGUGAUUGAGCGCUGUCAGUACCUGCGGGUGGGAACGGAGAAGGUGACGCUGACCCCGGCCCUGCGCGACCAGCUGCUGUCCAAAAUCCGGGACUGGGGCACGGGCAGAGACACCCUGCGUUGCCUGGCGCUGGCCACUCACGACGUCCCGCCUCGCAGGGAGCAAAUGGACUUGGAGAAUUCCAACAAGUUUGUUGAGUAUGAGUUGGGUCUCACGUUUGUUGGCUGCGUGGGAAUGCUGGACCCGCCCAGGAAGGAAGUGAUCGGCUCGAUAAAACUAUGCAAAGAGGCGGGCAUACGUGUCAUCAUGAUCACGGGGGACAACAAGGGCACGGCCGUGGCCAUCUGCAGACGAAUUGGCAUCUUCGGCGAGGACGAGGAGGUGACGGGGAAGGCCUACACGGGCCGCGAGUUCGACGACCUCCCGCUGGAGGCCCAAAGAGAAGCCGUCAAGAGGGCGCGAUGCUUCGCCCGCGUCGAACCGGCCCACAAGUCCAAGAUCGUCGGAUUCCUGCAGGCGUUCGAUGAGAUUACGGCAAUGACGGGAGACGGUGUGAAUGACGCUCCAGCCCUGAAGAAAGCGGAGAUCGGCAUCGCCAUGGGCUCCGGCACAGCAGUGGCCAAGUCGGCGUCCGAGAUGGUGCUGUCAGACGAUAACUUCUCCACCAUAGUGGCAGCUGUGGAGGAGGGCAGAGCCAUCUACAACAACAUGAAGCAGUUCAUCAGAUACCUCAUCUCCUCUAACGUGGGCGAAGUAGUCUGCAUCUUUCUGACCGCCAUCCUCGGUCUGCCCGAGGCUUUGAUUCCAGUCCAGCUGCUGUGGGUGAACCUGGUGACCGAUGGCCUGCCUGCCACCGCCCUGGGCUUUAAUCCCCCGGAUCUGGACAUCAUGGACAAACCCCCCCGCAACCCCAAGGAGCCUCUCAUCUCUGGCUGGCUCUUCUUCAGAUAUCUGGCCAUUGGAGGAUAUGUGGGUCUUGGAACUGUGGGUGCUGCCACCUGGUGGUAUCUGUGUGAUGAAGAAGGUCCUCAAGUGUCUUUCUAUCAGCUGAGACACUUCAUGCAGUGUACCGAGGACAACCCCAUGUUCCAGGGUGUUGACUGCGAGGUGUUUGAGUCCCGCUACCCCACAACCAUGGCCUUGUCUGUGCUGGUCACGAUUGAGAUGUUCAACUCUCUCAACAGUUUGUCUGAGAACCAGUCUCUGGUCAGGAUGCCUCCUUGGGUCAACAUUUGGUUGCUGGGAGCCAUCAUUCUCUCCCUCUCCCUCCACUUCUUAAUCCUCUACGUCGAGCCUCUGCCGUUGAUCUUCCAGGUGACCCCGCUGUGCUGGUCCCAGUGGAUUGUGGUCCUCAAAAUUUCCAUCCCAGUCAUCCUCCUGGAUGAGGCACUGAAAUAUAUCUCCAGGAACCAUCUAGAAGGUGAUGAGGAGAAGAAAUAUCGGAGGAGGUGGCAGCAGCAGGACUAAGACCUCUCCCUCAAACACACUUGCAUACUUAGACCCACGCCUCCCCUCUUCCCUGUAGGAGUUAGAAACUUUCCUCUCCCUCUCCUCUCCCUUCUCAAUCGCAACUCAUGCAUGACCAAAAAAAAAACACCACUAGCAAUGAGCAGGGUUUUCCAGCGAGCAUGGCUUUGUACGAGUGUGUGAGUAAAUGAGCUGUGUGUGUGUGUGUGUGUGUGUGUGAACAGGUAGAUGCAGGCUUUUGGUUGUACUUGCGAGAAACAACGGCAGAAAAGAAGGAAGAAAAAAAUAAGAAAAAAAAUGCAGAAUGCAGAAUGCUCUUGCUUUUAUCUUUUAUUUUUUGGGGGGCUGUACAGGGAGGACGGCGGAACAGGGGUUGACAAUACUGGGCGUUAGGGGAGAGGAGGGAAGCUACAAAUUGGCAACGAGACCAAAAGAUCGAUUUUAGAGGGCGCGACUUGGAGAAGAGGCCGGCGUCCACACCUACAGAGGAAGAGCCCGUGGCGGGAAUGUGGACGUCCACACACACCGGUUUACGUGAAGGCUUCAGCCUCGCUCCACCUUGUCGGCACACCGAAACGGUAACAAGGGCCAGUGGGUCCCUCGGCUUCACUCUCCCCCCCCCGUUUCUUUUCCAGCUGUAUCUGAAAGAGGCAUCUGUAGGUGAAAAUAAAAAAAUAGAACUAAUAAAUAAAUCAAGAUCUCAAACCGCAACCAAACCAGCAUUUCAGUAGAGAAGACGUCUGCCAGUCCACCCAGCUGGUCCUGCUAAGCCUCACUCUUUCUGCUGUGUAGAGUCCUAGCUGUCGAACAUCUAAAAUAAAGGCACACCGGAGCUUCACAUUUUGUACAUAACCGUAUCGAAGCGUAGUGUUGUCGAGCAGCCCUUUCAAGUGAAUCAGUUAUUCCGUGGCGUGCACCAGCGCUGCCCUGUGUGUUAGGGUGUGUGUGCGCGUGCAUAUAUAUAUAUAUAUAUAUAUAUAUAUAUAUAGCCUUAGUUUAAAUUAAUCUGACAGUUGACCAAUGGCACAGAUGAUGUUGCUAAAGUUGUGGCGUGUCAACUGCUCGACUGUGUGAUUCCAACUUCAUCACUGACACGUUGAGCACAUUGAACAUCCAUGCCUGACGAGAUGACGCCCUCUGCACCUCCACGUUAAACGUGCGGUCGACAUGAAUGUGUCCAACUCUCACGCCUAUGUGAGACCCUGAGUUCUCUGAAUGUGCCCCGUGCUCUGAUGCCCGGUUAAUAGGAAUCUCCUCCUUUUUUUUCUCGUUGUGUUUGGUGCGCCGCUUCCACUGCUGCUCCUGCUCUCUCAUUGCUUCAGCAACUCACUUUGAUAUUGUUUCAUAACGACUAAGUAGUAAUGUAUUUGACUGAAUGAAUGCUCGCGGUUUGGAUUGUGUCUAGAAGUCUUAAAUAUGGGUUCAUGUGUUGGGCCCUGGGGCUCUGCGGACUGGAUUUAGUGGCGUCUUUGUCGGACAGACAAACGCUGUAUACACAUUUGGGUAUAGGGAUAGGGACACUAUCUAGAUCAGAAGACGUGUGUUUCAACGAGCGAUUGAAAAUUGAUCUCCUCUUACCAUGUUGCAUGCAGGCUAGUUCCAAUGAGUGUGCAGCUAUGUUCAGUCGGACGGUGUGUGGGAUAAAAAGCGUUUUAAAAUGAAAGUAAGAAACAAGUUCUAGUAGAAGAUUAAGAUACAAAUAUAAACUUGGAAUUAAACAUGAUCUUACUCCUUUUAAUUAGAAGUUAAACAAGCCAGCUGUUAGAAGUGUCCUUUAGUGAAGAUUAAAAGGUGGAAUGUUCCUUGUUUUAUUCCACAGGUCGGAUUUUGUUGUGUAAUUAACAGCUUAAUUCGGACUCCAAUUGGCAUAAAACAGCCGUUGCAUUACAUUUUUGUUCCACCGCCAUGUGAAUGUGGCCCGUCUGUCCAGACCAGCAGACCACUUGUUCUUUUCCCGGGUCUCCAUGGCUCCCUAACAUGUUGACACUCUGGCCACCAGGCACUAUAGGUCUGUAUAGCCUUGUUAUUUACUACUGAAUCCUCAACUCUGUACAGAAGAUGAGAAUAUGAUCGCAUGGCACCUUGUUACUGUAAUAAUAACCUAUACAGUAUAUAAUAUUUAACUUUUUGAUAACUUUCAUCAAUGACACCUACUUAGCAACAAAACACAGACCUGCGAGAAUUUUUUUUGUUUUUCUUUGAGCACAUGGCAUCUUAGGAUUUUCUUUUUUUUGUGAAUGUUUUAUAGACUAGAGAGUGUUUUCUUAAAUUGUUUUCCCCCCAUUUGGUUUUGACAGCUGCUUGGGUUAUGUGUCUUUAAUUGUAGGGGUGAGGGGGGGGGGGGGAAGAAUAUGACGUUAUCGCGUUUAAGGUAGACAAGAGUCACGCUUGUUUUAUUAUUGACGAUGACGCUGAUCUUUUCAGUGAUGGUUAUCGGGUGCGACGAGAUCCGAGAAUUUGUGAAUAAACUGUCUGGUUUACACUGAGCGAUUAAGCCGUGAUUAUGAAGUUUUAUGACUGUACAUUGAAGAGCCCGGUGUGUGUGUGCAUGCUCUGGAGACCCCUACAAUCUGUUUGUGUCAGAGAGCUCCUCUAGAAUGGCAUUCAAAGUCCUCUUCCAUCUGUUGCAGAAUAACCACCUGUACUCACAGUGAAGGAGUGAUCAGUCUCGUAAGAAUUACAUCUUUUUCCGUCUGUGGACAAGUAAACGAUCUCGAAAGCCUGAUUUCACCUCUGAGAAAUAUUAAAUGAUUCUGUUUUUCCUUGUUAAUAUUGAUGGACACAUAAUUUUAUAAAUGACAAAGACGUGGAAAUAAAGAUUUAUCUUGUUAUUUA